AUGUUGCCAAUAGAUGAAUUUGGGCUGUUGGUACCCGCAGAAAGCAGUGCAUCCGACACACAGUCACAAUGUACCGACUCCCAGGCUGGGGACGUGGUCCCCCUCCCCGCGGAGAGGGUUGGGGGGAUCGGAGACAGCAGGCCGCCAUCAUUUCAUGCAAACGCAUCAGUAGUGAGUCGAGAUGAAACUUGUGACACAUGCACGGAGACGGACUCAGUUAUCAGUGCAGCGGCAAGGAGAGACCGCCCCUCGAGCCGGAGCUCGCGACAUAAUCAUUCUAGUCAGUAUAGGGACAGACACACCGCCCACCUCGGUCCCCGAAUUAAUGGCCAUGCAAAGCAUGAACGACAUCGAGAGCGGCCUCCCGGCCCCCAUCAGUAUGAGACAUCCACCAUGAUGAGCAGUGAUCUCGAAACCACCAGCUUCUUUGACUCGGAGGAUGAUAGCAGGUUUUCAACAGUUACUGAUACAACAGGAAUGUCAUCACGAUAUGGUCGCCAUCGGAAACGGCGGAGGAGACAUCGGCCGCCUCCUAUCAGUAGAGCUUCAUCAUUUAGCAGUAUAACCGAUUCGACAAUGUCUCUAAACAUAAUAACAGUUACACUUAAUAUGGAUACAGUCAACUUCCUGGGAAUCAGUAUUGUGGGACAGAGCAACAAGGGAGGGGAUGGCGGCAUCUAUGUGGGCUCCAUCAUGAAAGGCGGCGCUGUAGCUCAAGAUGGCCGCAUUGAACCAGGGGACAUGAUUCUCGAGGUGAAUGGUAUCAGUUUCGAGAACAUGAGUAACGAUGAUGCCGUAAGGACGUUACGAGAGGCAGUACAGAAACCGGGUCCAAUCACACUAGUCGUAGCCAAAUGUUGGGACCCAAACCCUAAAGGUUAUUUCACAGUUCCAAGACAGGAGCCAGUUCGGCCAAUCGACCCGUCGGCGUGGGUUGCACAUACGACUGCGAUGCGGGAACACUACAUGGGGCGUGGCGGACCCAGCACCUCAAUCAGCAAUAUGACGUCAACUAGCUCCUCACUCACUAGCUCUAUACCUGAGUCAGAACGGUUUGAUGACUUAAAUCUCACAGUGAAUACUGACAUGGCAACCGUUGUCAAGGCGAUGGCACAGCCAGACUCAGGGCUGGAAAUCCGAGACAGAAUGUGGCUCAAAAUAACGAUACCAAAUGCUUUUAUAGGUUCCGAUCUUGUAGAUUGGCUCUUUACGCACGUGGAGGGUUUCGCUGACCGGAGAGAUGCAAGGAAAUAUGCUUGUAAUCUGCUGAAAGCUGGCUACAUCCGGCACACAGUCAACAAGCUGACGUUUUCAGAACAGUGCUACUACGUCUUUGGAGAUCUCUGUGGUCCUCCGCAGUAUCCAGAUCUGACAUCGCUGAGUCUUGAAGACGUGGACUCUGUAUCAGAAGCCGACCGUGACACCCUCGCCCCCCUGCCACCCCCUGCGUGGAACAAUCAAUACCCCUACAGCAGCUCCAACUACUUGCCCCAGAACCUCAGCUAUAUACCCCCCUACAGCUACACAAGCACUGACAACACCAGCUACGUCGGCAGCUUCGUCGACGGCAUGCCGCCCCCACCUGUUGGUGCAGUGCCCCCUGGUGGUGGAGGUAAUGGCAGUGCAGGGAGUGUCCAUAGUGCAUCAGUCGCUGCUAAAGACUGUACAUGUUUAGUUAGUACAUACAAUCAUUUGCGCAAGCUUUGGGAAAAUAAGGAUAAACAAAGUGCCCAUCACCAUCAACAGUCCUCCUCGUGUGAUCCCCACCGGCGUAGCUUGGCGGAGCACACCGCCCACGCCAUGCAUGGGAGCAGACAUCAUAUUGCAUGGAGGAGAAAUUCCUCGAGUAGUUUGGGGAGCAGUGCAUCUGGUAGCAGCAAGAAGGAGAAAGAAAAGUCCGACCGAAAAUCUGCUAGUCCUGCUGGGAGCGGCGGCGGCAGUGACACUGACACAGCCAGCCUAGCGAGCGCGCGACGAGGUGCCCCCAGCGAUCGCAGCCUCCCCCCACCUCCUGGGCCUCUUGCACAGAUGCCAGCAGACCUCAGUGGGAGCAGGCAGUCCUUUAGAAUGGCCAUGGGAAACCCAUCUCUUCUAGAGAUUGAGGACAUACCGACCACGAUUGACUGACGGAAAGUUGCUGCCUGUCUGCCACCUGCCCGUUGCAUUCUUCCCUCCGCCCGUUGCCCGCCCGCCCGUAGCCCGCCCGCCAUCUCACAUCUAACCCACUUCGUUCUUCUAACAACGCUAACCCUUCUACAGUGCCCGCCCGCCUCGUUCGUUCGUUCGCUCUCUGACGCUCUUUCCUUCCCAUCAUGCAAUUAACCCUGCUGCAUAAACCUCUGUUGGACUUCUCAAAGCCUUGCUUUGGAUUUCACAUGGGUGGGUGUGCACCAAUAGACAUGAUCGUGGUUAGUCAUGUGACGUGUCAUCAUGUGAUACCUAGCACCGAGGACAGACCGGCCAAUGAAUCCUGUCCAUGAGAGAGAGAGAGAGAGAGAUCACAACAUUGUAUACAAAGUUAUUUUUGAAGAAGCCAGUAGGUGUGUAGCUUGACUGAAUGCUGUAGAAGACGUGAAUGCUGGAAAUUGGUUUUCAGUUUCCACAACAGUUACUUCCCUUUGUUUCAACUCGUCUUUCGUUUCCUUAUUCACUUUCCUCACUCACCUUAUGCAUGCUUUCCAAAUGCUUGUGUAACCAUUGCCAAAAUUAACACUGUCAAAACAGAGUGCAGUCUGCUUGAUCACAAAUACUUUUUCUAUUCUUUGCCUGUCUAUUGCUGUUCUGUUCACAUCUGCUUGUCUGCAUGCGUUACCUUUAAUAAACUAACUCAUGCAUAAUUCUUUCAUGGGGUGUUGAUAAAGAGGACUUUAUCUAAUGGUUAAAUCUAAUCCAGUUUUGGAAGAAGCGAAACAUAGGUUGAUUUUGACACCAUUCGGAAAGAAUUCUGCAAGCAUGGCAACCCACACCCAAGCCCCAUUCUAAGCAUGGCCUGUCAUCCUCAGCACUGCCCCUCCCACCUAUCCCAGCAUCCUUUUGGCAUGCAAUAUUCCGUCUCAGUGGCCAGCAUGUCCGUCAUCAAACACUCAUGAUGACCUCAUUAUCUGCUGACAGUGACGUCAUCGUCAUGAGUUUGACCUGAGAAACAUAUCAAAGUGUCCAGCUGCAUCCAAUUUCGAGCUAAAUUAAUUGAACUUUCAUGCAAUGGUGUGAAAGUAGAAAUAUGUUUAUUUUAUAAUUUAUGUUAAAGCUUUAUUUCAGGUUUCGACAAUCAAGUUUUAUUUGAACUGGAAAUUGUCUUAUUAGUUCAAAUUGUCUAAUUAUAUUGGGAGGGUAGCCACCUGGCAUAAUUUCAUUGAUUUGAUAGUGAUAAUAUAAAAAUCCCUAAUGAGGACAUUUUUGGAAAUUUUUGCUAUUAUUGGCAUAAUUUCAAUUAUCCUGGAAGAAAUAAAAUUGAACUGAAUAAAGUGUUUUCCUUCCAUGAAGGAUCGUAAGUAUGAAGGUGAUUUAAAUCAAAUUCCAUAAUAACUACGUAAGUUUCGGAAUUCUAUUAGUGUUAGCAUAAUUCAUUGUUAAAAUCAAUUUCUGAAAGUUGUUGUGCCUUGAUAAGAUAAUGGAUGUUGAACAGCUGGAGGUCAUUUGUCAAACGUCAGUCGAAGACCGACUUAAAAGGUGAACUGUUUGUCGUCUUCUAUACCCCUUGCUUUUGCAGGCCAUGUUCUUACAAGCAGUUCCUCAGUUACGUACUACACUGACGCGUGUGCAGUUUACGUACAUGCUACGAUGUGUACAUAAGUCGUCGAACAUGCUACGAUGUAUGCAUAACUUAUCGAAUAUGCUACGAUGUACGUAAGUCCUACAUUAUAUUUGUAAGUCAAUCAUUGUGGCACAAAUUGUGAGGCCUGCACAAAUAGUAUGCGUAAGUCCUACAUGCUACGAUUGAUUAAUUUACGUAAUAUAUUAGACAUACGUCACACGUCCAUGUUACGAUGAGUUAUGUCAUACAUGUGUGUGUAAUGUCUUAUGGACAUGCUAAGAUUGAGUUAUGCAUGGUAGUCAAAUAUGUUUACGUUGAAAACAAGAGAAAAUUGCUCAACGUGGAUAAUAAUGAGUUUUAGUCUUUGACAUGGUGGUAUAUUGUUACUUCUGUAAUUCUGAUGAAUUGUUUGUAAGUUUUCUUUUCAUGUUUGCAUACAUACUCAUGGUAUGGUAGUUUACGAUUUAGUUAGAGCAGUAGUUGAUAGAAAUUGUUUCGAUAAUUGUAACGAGAGCAACAACUUUGGAUUGAACCUGAGACAGUACAGCUACUAUUUCCAUUGGUUUCUGGGUUGAGUGGUUUUCUCUUGUUAAUGAAUGCCUUGUACAAAUGCAGAACACCAGUGUAUGACUGCUAGAGUGACAGUGCGAAUGAAUGCUGUGGGAGUGCAUGGUACAUAGUAUGCAAGACCGGCUGACUCUAGUAGCCGUUAGUGAGAAACCUGCUCGGAUGGACUAUGCUAUUUAUCUUGACAACUUUUAACCUUUUGUACAGACUACAUCUGCUAUUGUAUAUUAUUUUCUGUCCUUGUACAAAGCUUCUUCACCUGUACAGUUUUACUAUGUGCUUUUUUAUGUUGAUGAGAGUUGUCUCCCUUUGUCAAGUACGAAGUUGUGAUAAGACAUAUCGAUGAUUUUAAACGAGUGUUGGCAUGAACACAUUGCUCUGCUGAUAAUCUGGUGUCCAUCCAUUUAACUUGCUCUUGUGUGCAUCACUUAUUGUUUGUUUCAACAAGUAUAUUUUAUAUGUCACUAUUACAGCCUAAUGUGUAGACUUGGUUGAGAUUGUUUGCCUACUUGUUAUGUAACGUAAACCUGGCGCCGAUUCUGAAAUAGAUAUCUGAGCUUAUUUCUGAAAUCGAGAGAAACCUGAACUGUGAAGAUAUAUGAAUAUUGUCAACUUGA